CAUUAUUUCAAAGCCUCCUAUCUUUACUACUUCAAAUCAAUCAAGAUCAACAAACAACUAUUUAUCUCACAUUUCAAAGAUAAGAUUGAAUUUAAUACAGAUUAGCUCCUUCCCAACUACCAACUAAAGGUUCCUUACUAAUUCCUCCUUCCCUCCAUUGCAUAGAGAGCAAAUAGAAGAAUGAAUUCGAGAAAAUCAAUCGUCAUCCUUGGCCUGUUGUCCUUGGUUCUUUUUAUCUCUUCACAGGUGUCAGCUAGGAACUUAUUCGAGACUUCCACUUAUUCCAAAGAUGGUCAGGAAGUUGUCGAAAAGUCACAUGAAAUAAACAAAUCCAAAUAUGUCGAGGGAGGCAACAGUCAAGGUGGAAGUGGACAUGUAGGUGUUGAUUGCGAAGAAUGUUGCUUUGGGUCUCAUAUUGGUGGGCAUUGCAGAAGUUGUUGUAGAUAUGCUGGUGAGGCUGUUGCUGUGAAAACUAAGGACAACACUCGUAACUAAUAAUCUUAUCACCGCACAUGAUGCACUACUUAUGUAAGAAACUUGAUGAAUAAAUAAUGUUCGGUUACUUAAACAAGUACUAGUAUUUAAUAUAUAUAUAUAGUAAUCAACAUGUUUGUCUGUUUUUUUUAAGGCAAAAGAAAAUGUAUACUAUUAGGGAUAG